GCUUUUCAAAUCUGCUUUACAAAAAUUAUAUUUUUCUGCCUAGUGCAUGUGUUGGAACAAGCGUGAGCUUGGUAGAAUUUGUGGCCUUUGACUAGCUGUGGAUAUUUUUUUUGUGAAGUGUAUUGAGAAUUACUUAGAGGUGAAAUGUGAGGUGAUGUUGGGGCGGUGAAUAUAUUUUCUUUGCUGCCGUUAUAGUCUCUAGGAGCAUACAUAGCUGCCGUAAUAUGUUAGGAACACUAUUUAUGCGGCCGUAAUAUGUUAGGGGCUUGUACAUGCUGCUGUAGUAGACUUUUUGGGGCAUUGUAUAUACUGUCGUGGACUUGUCAGGGUACUAGAUUGAUCAUCUUCAUUGCCGUUUAUGACAAGUCGUGAGAGUUGAUUGAGUUGAGUUACAGAGUGGUUUUUGAACUUCAGUUUGCAUCUUGUUGAACAUUACCUUAUAAGAGACACUGUAUGCAUAUAAUUUAUGUAUUUUGGUUGUUCCUUGUAUUUUUCUAACACUUGUUCCAGGGGUAUUAAAGUAGCAGGUCGAGGAUCUUACUGGGUUACUUUCCCAGAAGUUUAACACAUGUAACUUGUUUAGAUGCUCCAUGGUCUAGUGUGGGGUUUGGGUUAGAGAUUUGUUAUCUAAGCUACCGUUGUUUUUGUAAAUCGUUAUGCGCUAUCUUGUUGGAUAAUUACCUUGCGAUAAUGGUUAUUUCAUGCAUUUGGAGUUGCUUAUGUCUUUAUCACAGUGUCUAUAGACAUUGUGAAUGUAUGAGAAAUUGGUUCUCCCAAAAAGUGGUAUUAGCGGGAGUCAGUCACGCCUAGGGGUGAAUUUGGGACGUGACAAGAAUAAACACGCAUGGGCCCCACAUGAAAAUUGGAAAAUAGCAGGAAUUAGACCCACGUUUAGAAUGACAUUCAUAAUGGUAUUUACAAAGGAGAUAACAUUUCCAAAUUAAUCAAGCUACUUCACUAUGAUGUAAACGUCGUGAAAGCCCUUUUAUGGAUAAGAUAGCACGACAACCAACAGCUGUGUGCUUUAAGCCACUUCCAUAGAUUAGUAAAGUAAAGUAAUUGACAAACUUAGCUUUAAGAGAACUUUGUUGUAUAAGAACUAUGGCAAAAACAAAGCUCUGUUACUAUUUGUUUUUACUUCUUGUUGUAGCAGGGCAUGCAACAGCUGGUUCAACUGUGAAGUUUCUUCGAGGAUUUCUAGGGCCCCUUCCUUUUGAACUUGAAACAGGGUAUGUUGGAGUUGGUGAUUCAGAAGAUGUGCAAUUAUCCUAUUAUUUUAUAAAGUCGGAGUCAAAUCCAGAAUCAGACCCUCUAAUGCUUUGGGUCACUGGAGGCCCUGGUUGCUCUGCUUUAUCUGGCCUUAUCUAUGAGAUUGGACCAAUAACUUUUGAGCCAAUGGAAUACAAUGGGAGUUUACCUACAAUGAUUCUGAAUCCUUAUUCAUGGACAAAGACGGCGAGCAUUAUUUUCUUAGACUUACCAGUGGGCACUGGAUUUUCCUACGCGACAACUCCAACAGCUCUACAAUCAUCUGAUUUACAAGCAAGUGAUCAUGCACAUCAGUUCCUUCACAAGUGGUUCGUUGAUCACCCAGAAUUCUUAAGUAAUCCCUUAUAUGUUGGAGGAGACUCGUCCUAUGCUGAUUGGUACAAACUCUCUUAUCAUUGGGCUGAUGAUGGUCAAGUUAGAGACGCCCUCAGCAUUCGAAAGGGGACUAUUGGAAAAUGGGACAGAUGUGCAACUUUGCAAUACCAAAAGAUGGUCAUUAAUAGCAUACCAUAUCAUGAAAACCUCAGUAGCAAAGGUUACAGGUCUCUUAUAUACAGUGGAGAUCAUGACAAGGUUGUUACCUUCCGAUCGACUCAAGCAUGGAUAAAAUCUUUUAACUACUACGUUCUUGAUGAUUGGCGAACUUGGACCCUUGACAAUCAAGUUGCCGGAUUAGUACGUUCUUGAUGAACGACAUUCUGGAUCCUUGAAAAAGUGUCUGUACUACAUUAGUCAUAAACUCUGUCAGUGAAUGGAUGUUAAACUUUUUUUUUUUUUCCUUCAUUUGGACGAUUUCUGUUACACUAGAAGUUACUCAAAUCAGAUGACUUUUGCCACAGUGAAGGCAAGAAAACCUCCUAUCAAACUAGUCAGUCAAUCGUGCAAAUAAUUUGUCAAAUAGUUGGUGUUAAAAUUGCUUUAGUUGUUUAUUUUUGUUUACAGGGAGCAGGGCAUACAGCACCAGAAUGUCUGGACAUGCUCACAAGGUGGGUGUGUCUUACAAGCCCUUGUAAUUGGAAAAUGUAUCAUAAGAUACUUUGUAUCAGAAAGAAAAAAAAAUUAAUUACCACAUUUAUCAGUAUGAUAUAUCUUUGGCCCAUUGGUAUAGUCUAAUUUUAGGGAAAAAGACAAAAAUGACACCUAAAACUAAAAUAAUACUACAAAAAUAGUACCCACAAUUAAAUACCCGGUAAAUAGCUACUCCCAGUAUAAGUCGUGUAUCAUUUCAUCUUCUUCUUCCCCUUUUCUCCCAUUCUCUCUACAGUAAAAUUCUUUCAAUUUUUUACCACGGCUUCAAAAUUCACUUAUCAAAUGCUCAUUUUUGCUGUACGCCCAACAAAAUGGUGCAAAAGAAAGUUUUCUUCCGUGAUUUUGAAAGUUUGAGUCUUCCUGGGUCUUUCUAGAAAGAAUUGCACACAAAGAACUUCACCACGAAAUCUUCUUUGAGAUGGCUGACAUCGGCAUGUCGUUUCCCUUUCUUUCUUUCCUUUUCAUUCGCAAAUUUCUUUUCACUCAAACUCUUAAACCUCCAU